GUGGCACCGUUUGCACGUGAUGACUCCUUAUGUAGUACGUCAUCACUUCGCGUCUGUUUCUUGAAUCUUCUCCACCAAGUUCCGGGUCUGCUCAGCCAUUGACAAUCAACCCUCCGGGCUGACUGAAGGGGCCCUACCCGACCCGGAAUCCGAUGCAUGAUGGAUGAUUGACUGCUUACAAACGAUUUGUCAGAACGUUAAGAUCGCGUGAUCGCUCACCAAGCCGGCGGGAUGGGAGUAUAGAAAUCCGCGACAAACUGACAUCAUUCCUACAAUACCCACACACCACCCAACACCAAUAUCACCACAACUUCCCUCAAUGGCGCCCCAAGCAAUUAACUCCCUCGCCGAUUUCAGGAAAAUCAUUGACGGUCCGAAACCCGUAGUCAUAGACUUUUGGGCGACUUGGUGUGGUCCCUGCAAAAUGAUUGGACCUGUCUUCAAGAAACUUGCCGACAAGCCUGAAUUUGCCGGCGUCGAAUUCUAUACCGUCGAUGCCGACGAGCAACCCGAUAUUUUGGACGAGGUCCAGGUUUCUUCGAUGCCUACUUUCCUCGCGUUCAAAGACGGAAACAAGAUAGGGACGUCGAUAGGUGCUGUACCGAAGAGCCUUUUGGACCUUAUCAAUACGGCGGUCUUAGCCGCUUCACCUGUACCUGAAGAUGCACCAGCCAAGGACGACGACGUACCUGUUGAGGCCAAGGCAUGAUUAGAUUUCGUGAUGUCAUAGUUUUGUUCUCCAUGCACACUGUAAUUUUAUUGGAACGAUUUACACAUUGUAUUGUAACAAUCCCGUGGUGAGAACUGUGGGAAAGUGCGAGAUGAUUCUGGCAAUUCGGCAGUCCGGCAUGCUGAGUAAGAGAUUGGUAAGA